CCACCACCACCACGUCACACUGUCACAGUGACUACGUCAUCAAUUAUUUGCAUUCUGUGAUUUUGAAAAAAGGAUUCACAUUUUUAAUUUUGGUCUCCACUCUCCAGUGGAUUUUUCUUGCUCACGUUAUUAGCACGUAAAUAGAACAAUAAUUAUGGAAUGCAUUGUGUCAUCCAUCCCUGGUCAAGUGAAGGAAACAAUCUUAAAAGAAGGCGUAGACUUGAAGGAAAACGAAUGCAAAGAAAAAGAACGACUAUCCAGAAAAGAAACUGCUCUACCCACUGCCUAUGCCAAACUGAAUCGUAUUGGAGUGCUGGAUAGAAAUGCCACAACCUUUCACCAAAAUCAGAGCUCUGAUGAUGAUUAUGAGCCAUCAUCAUCAGCUGGUAGUGGGAGUGAUUCCUUUGCAGAAGAGGAGGAGGAGGGUAACAACGAAGAAAUGGGAGGAGAUGUAAAAGAAGAGAGGGUUUUAUGCAAAACUAUUCUUAAGAAACAUCAUCUGUGUACAAUCUGUACAAAAAGCUUCUCUCGAUCUUUACAUUUGACUGUUCACAUGCGUAUUCACACCAAAGAGAAGCCAUUCGAGUGUACAUUAUGUACAAAAAGGUUUUCAGUUUCUUCUAAUUUGACCAUUCAUAUGCGUAGCCACACCAAAGAAAAGCCUUAUCAGUGUACAGUAUGUACAAAAAGGUUUUCUCAAUCUAGUCAUCUAACUACUCAUAUGCGUAUACACACCCAAGAUAAGCCUUUUCAGUGUACAGUCUGUGCAAAAAGGUUCUCACAAACUAGUAUUUUGACCAGACAUAUGCGUAUUCACACCAAAGAGAAGCCUUAUCAGUGUACAGUCUGUGCAAAAAGGUUCUCACAAACUAGUAUUUUGACCAGACAUAUGCGUAUUCACACCAAAGAGAAGCCUUAUCAGUGUACAGUCUGUACAAAAAGAUUUAAUAACUCAGGUUAUUUAAAAAUGCAUAUGCGUACUCACACCAAAGAGAAACCUUACCAAUGUACCAUCUGUACCGAAAGGUUCUCUUUUCAUAGUAAUUUGACCACUCAUAUUCGUAUUCACACCAAAGAGAAGCCUUAUCAAUGUACAGUCUGUGCAAAAAGAUUCUCAGAUAAAAGUUAUUUGACCAUACAUAUGCGUAUUCACAACAAAGAGAAACCUUAUCAGUGUACCAUCUGUACAAAAAAGUUCUCUUUUCGUUGUAGUUUGACCACUCAUUUGCGUAUUCACACCGAAGAAAAGCCUUAUCAGUGUACGAUCUGUACAAAAAGGUUCUCACAAACUAGUAUUUUGACCAGACAUAUGCUUAUUCACACUAAAGAGAAGCCUUUCCAGUGUUCAGUCUGUACAAAAAGGUUCUCUUUUUCUAGUAGUUUGAUCACUCAUUUGCGUCUUCACAACAAAGAAAAACCUUAUCAGUGUACCGUCUGUACAAAAAGGUUUUCACAGUCUGCACAUUUGACCUCUCAUAUGCGGGCUAUUCACACUAAAGAGAAGCCGUUCCAGUGUACAGUCUGUACAAAAAGGUUUUCAGUUUCUUCUAAUUUGACCAUUCAUAUGCGUAGCCACACCAAAGAAAAGCCUUAUCAGUGUACAGUAUGUACAAAAAGGUUUUCUCAAUCUAGUCAUCUAACUACUCAUAUGCGUAUACACACCCAAGAUAAGCCUUUUCAGUGUACAGUCUGUGCAAAAAGGUUCUCACAAACUAGUAUUUUGACCAGUCAUAUGCGUAUUCACACCAAAGAGAAGCCUUAUCAGUGUACAGUCUGUGCAAAAAGGUUCUCACAAACUAGUAUUUUGACCAGUCAUAUGCGUAUUCACACCAAAGAGAAGCCUUAUCAGUGUACAGUCUGUACAAAAAGAUUUAAUAACUCAGGUUAUUUAAAAAUGCAUAUGCGUACUCACACCAAAGAGAAACCUUAUCAGUGUACCAUCUGUACCGAAAGGUUCUCUUUUCAUAGUAAUUUGACCACUCAUAUUCGUAUUCACACCAAAGAGAAGCCUUAUCAAUGUACAGUCUGUGCAAAAAGAUUCUCAGAUAAAAGUUAUUUGACCAUACACAUGCGUAUUCACAACAAAGAGAAACCUUAUCAGUGUACCAUCUGUACAAAAAAGUUCUCUUUUCGUUGUAGUUUGACCACUCAUUUGCGUAUUCACACCGAAGAAAAGCCUUAUCAAUGUACAGUCUGUGCAAAAAGAUUCUCAGAUAAAAGUUAUUUGACCAUACAUAUGCGUAUUCACAGCAAAGAGAAACCUUAUCAGUGUACCAUCUGUACAAAAAAGUUCCCUUUUUCUAGUAGUUUGAACACUCAUUUGCGUCUUCACAACAAAGAAAAACCGUUCCAGUGUACAGUCUGUACAAAGAGGUUUUCACAGUCUGCACAUUUGACCUCUCAUAUGCGGGCUAUUCACACUAAAGAGAAGCCGUUCCAGUGUACAGUCUGUACAAAAAGGUUUUCACAGUCUCAACAUUUGACCACCCAUUUGCGUAUUCACAACAAAGAGAAGCCUUACCAGUGUACCGUCUGUACAAAAAGGUUCUCUCAGUCUUCUAAUUUGAAUACGCAUAUGCGCACACACAGUUUAGAAUAAAUAACUAAAUUUCUUCUUCUCUAUUGGUGUGCUGCUGCCUGUUUAAUAUGUUUCGAAAAUGUUCGCAAAUAUCAAGUCUUUGUUUUUCAAUUAUUAUUAUUUACUAAUGCUAAAUUGUGUAGGGCCUAUAGUUACGUAAUACUUUGGUCAUCUCAAAAGUAAGUUGCACUAUUUUUUUAUAUCCGCGCAGUUGGCAGGAGACGUCUGGCAUUCGCAGUGAACUUUUGUCUGGGUGUUGUGAUAGCACUGUAAAAUUCCUAAGAGGCCGCCAUGACUUAUUUGUCAGUUGCGAUCAAACCACUAUUGAGCUACAACUUACUCCACACCAUACUCCCCUGAUCUCGCUCCAAGCGACUUUCAUCUGAUUCCACAGCUGAAACAACACCUUGGGGGAAGACGCUUUGCAAACGAAGGAAAUCUCAUACAAGAAGCUCCGACAUGGCUUACCAGUUUGGCGGUAGAAUGGUAUGACACUGGAUUAAAAAAACUUAUACCACGAUACCAAAAAUGUAUUGAAAUCAAAGGAGAUUAUGUAGAAAAAUAACUGAUACAUGUAGUUUUUCAAAAAUAACCUCCUAAACAAACUAUGUGCGUUAUUAUAUUUUUUAUUUAAUAGUGCUUACUUCUGAGAUAACCACGUAGUUUAUAUAAUAUUAUAUAGUUACA